UUGCGCGAGUCAGCCUUGCAGAGAAAGUCCAGCGUAGUUUCCUCUUGUGCGCGUGGGUUACCAGCGCUGCUCAGCUGUUCCUACCCCCUUCCUUGUCCAAGCGGGCGCUCUCCCCUCGGUGCAAAUCGCCUGGUGGUGGCCGCUCUUCCUUAGCGAGGCCAGCCCGUUCCUCCUUUCCGGCUCUGCCCCCCCCCCCCUGUGCUCAGAUACAAAGGACGUUGGGUCAGCCUCUUGGUUAGGACUUCAUGUCUGUAUUUUUCCCCAUUCACUGUUCUGAUUAUCUGAGAUCAGCUGACAUGACUGAGGUGAUGAGCGCUCCAUCUAUGGAUGAGAUUGGCUUAAGCCCCCGCAAGGAUGGCCUAUCAUACCAGAUUUUCCCUGACCCUUCAGACUACGAUCGUUAUUGCAAGCUGAAGGACCGUCUCCCUUCCAUUGUUGUUGAGCCAACAGAAGGAGAUGUGGAGAGCGGGGAGCUAAGAUGGCCGCCUGAGGAGUUCCUGGUCCAGGAACAAGAGGAAGAAAACUGUGACGAAGCAAAGAAAGAGAGCAAGGAGCAAUAGAGUCUUCUGUACGACUUAAGAUGCCACGUCAUCUUGAGGGGGGAAGAGAACCACAACUGUUUUGAAAAGUCUUUUUUUCUACAAAAGACAUUCAGAUUUUGCACCUGCAAAAAGAUCUUAGUUUUUUCAUAUUCUCUAUUGAGAACUGAAGCGCUUGACAUGACAAUCUCCCAAAUGAAAGUAAGGAAGGCAGUUGUGCCGUAGUGGAAGGGGGACGGCUGCUCUUCUCAAGAUGGCUGUUGAAUUUUGUUAAGGUUAUCUAGGGGUAGCCGUGAAAUUGCCGGGCGCUUUGGUGGAGGAUCAGAUGGGCAGGAAACAUGCUUUUUUUCUGAAGAGUGUGGGGUGGAAGAAAUGACUGCAGAUGUUUAAAAUGCAGCUGCCUCUGGCUAUAAAAGCAUGAGACUAGUAUUCAUCUCUCAAAACUUUGCCUUCUUACAGUGCUUUGGUUUUUGUUUUUUUGGGUGUGUAUGUGUGUGUGUGUGUUGUGGGUUGAGAGGUAUGAUAACACGCCACUGAAAUGCUCCAAUGACAGUAGAGUAUGGCAGGUCUUUCCUGCUGAACAUCGUAGAGGAGCAACAGAUCAAUAACAUUACCCUGUUCAGUAUCUUUUCUCUCUUAAGUCCCACACCCUGUUGGGAAUGUUGGUGCUUGGCACUUGCCAGCCCAGUCCAUUGCAGACAAAAGCCAUCUUCGCCUUCUCCCCCCUCCCAGACCCCUCUUAAAAUAUGCACCUAAAUUCUAACCCGAAUGGGUCUUGUGACCGUGAUAAAGGUAUUGACUGACUUACAUUUAAAUCUUACAGUGGUGAAUCUUGUUUUCAUUGGCACAGUGCUGAUGACUUUACAAAAUGGUCCUUUGCCACUUUCCUGCAAUAGUUUGUUUAUCCUGCACACGGUAACAAACAGGAGGUUGAGUUUGAUUUUCCUUUCUUUUU